GGAGCCUGAGCAUGGGGAGUCCAGGUCCUGAGCACCCGUGCUGCACCCCUCGCCCGUCCCUCUACAUCAGUCACCCCCACGUUAACCCCAGGGUGGCCUGGCUGGACGAGGCCGAGGACAUCAAGCCCCCACGCAGUUUGCUGGGGCUCCCUGAGCUCAGCUGGCCGGGCGUCUACCUCCCCUGCCCUGACCGAUUAGUCAUUGAGGAGAACCCCUGGGUGCUGGGGAUGACAGAGGCCCCCGCUCCCGCCGCUCCCUCCUGCAGGACUCUGGAGCCGGGCCCACCGGCCCCUAGCCAAGCCCACGCUUCCUCCCCUGAGGCAGAAGGUCAGGUGGAGGAGCGCUACCUGGAGCAAGUCCAGUCCAUGGUGCUGGGAGAGGUGCUGAAGGAUGUGGACACGGCCUGCAAGCUGCUCAACAUCGCACCAGACCCUUUGGACUGGAGCUGCAUGCACGUCCAGAAGUGGCUGCUCUGGACCGAGCACCUGUACAGGCUGCCGCAGGUCGGCACGAUGUUUCAGGAGCUGACUGGGAGGGAUCUGUGCUCCAUGGCUGAGACAGACUUCAGACAACGCUCUCUGCAGUUUGGAGACGUGCUGUACGCUCAUCUGGACAUCUGGAGAUCCGCGGCUGCUCUGAAGGAGCGCUGCCCUCCAGAAGAGAGCAAAUCUGCGGAUGAGGAUUCCUGGUCGGAGGGGAUGUGCACCUACCCCAGUCAGCCCAUCCACUUGUGGCAGUUCCUUCACGAGCUGCUCCUCAAACCACACAGCUACAGCGGCUGCAUCCGCUGGAUCAACAAGGAGAAAGGGAUAUUUAAAAUCGAGGACUCGGCUCACGUGGCCAGGCUUUGGGGCAUCAGGAAGAACCGCCCGGCAAUGAACUAUGACAAACUGAGUCGCUCCAUACGCCAGUACUACAAGAAGGGAAUCAUCCGGAAGCCCGACGUCUCCCGCAGACUGGUCUACCAGUUCGUCAACCCAGUAUGAUGGACGAGGAUCAGCCGCUCAGACCGAGCUCAUGGCCAUCCAAAGAUAUGCUGGACAUACGGUCGAAUGACAUGACCUCUGGCGCUCUGUUUGUAUGUGACGUUUGGUGUCACUUGUAAAGACUGCCUACAGACACACGCACUCCUGCCUAUGAUAGUUUUACUCGACUUUAUAGUUCUUAUUUAGUUUGUCUCUUUGUUGUCUUCAGCCCUCUGGUUUAAAAAGAGUCUUCAGUGUGAUGUCUGGUUUCACAAAGGACAUUUUUUUCCAGACCGUGAAAAGGAGUUUUUUCUCUUCUCCUGCAGAGAGUUAGAUGAAAAGAUAACACACACGUGUUUGUGCUCUAAAUACUGGAGGGAGCAGCCACUCACCUUUACUCAACGUCGAGACUGGAAACAAAUCUGCAGCUAAGCCCCAUCCAGGGGUAACCAGAAAGGCCCUGGUGGAGCACAGACCUCUGCCAAGGCCCAACAGUCCACAUUAUACCACAUUAAAAUGAACUAGAGCUAGAUUUUUAUUUUGAUCUGCAACAAACUGUGCAAAUAUUAGUCCCCAAAUCAUCAUCUGGUUUUCUUUUUUUUAACAAGAACCAUGAAUUAUUCUCAGACAAACUACAGAAAGUGUUGCAAAAUGUACACAAAAAAAGAAUCCUGGAUCCGCCCUGAACCAGAGCUGCACAAAUGUUUACACAUUUCCGUCACUCAUGCUAAGCUAAGCUAAGCUGCUGGCUCCAGAUAUAUAUCUAUUUAUUCAUACUGACAAAUAAUAGUUUUUUUUCACAUGUAACCUUUUAUGGAAAAAAGUCUAAUUCCAAAAAUGUCAAACUUUUCCUUUAAAAUGUUUGUUUUUUAAACACUGACAUUUUCCAAUUACUCCGAUUAUUAUUGCAGAGCAAUGACGUACUUGGAUAGUUUUUAUCAAACCCUGCAGUGAUAUAUAUUCCUCUGCAUU